AUGGAGCAAGCUGUAGUUGAUAAUGAUGUAGGAGUAGGAGUUGAGACGGACCGUUUAUCUGAGUUGCAGAUAGAAGUUCUGCAACACAUUCUGUCCUUCCUUCCCACAAAACAAGUAUUUCAAUCAACUCUAUUGUCCACCACAUGGAGACAUGUGUGGACUACAUUCCCUACUCUGAAAUUUGAUUCUACUAAUAAGCGAAAUUUGGAGGAUGUCAAGAGAAUAAAAGCCAAUUUUUAUAAAUUUGUGGAAAAAACUCUGCGAAUUCGCCACCAUCAAAGUGAAAGAUCACAGAUAAAGAAUUUUGAACUUAUGGACGGCUUGCCACAUAGCAAAUCGAUGUCUCGUGUUGACCGUUGGAUUAGUUUUGUGCUUGAGAGUGAUGUCGAGGAGUUGAAUCUUGAUUUUCGAUACUCCCAAAUAGAUUAUAUCUUGCCUCACGCUGUUUUGUUUGCAAAAUCCUUGACUGCGUUAACUCUAUAUUCGUGUAAAUUGGAGUCAACUUGUUGUGGUGAUAUAAACUUACCCUCUUUGAAAAAACUCUCUCUAUCUUUCGUUUAUGCAGAUGAUCAAAUUUUUCGCAAUCUAGUUUCUGGUUGUCCUGUGAUAGAAGACAUGAAAUUUGGAAACUGUCGUGGGAUUAAAAGUAUGAAGUUUUUCGGACUUCCCAAAGUCAUGGCAAUUACGGUAACUAAAAAUGAUGGUCUUGAGAGGCUUGAGUUGGCUUUGGAAGCUUCAAAUCUUUAUUAUCUAUGUAUAGAUCAGGGCUCAAUUCCCGAGCUGAACCUGCACCUGCUUCCUUGUAAAAAUCUAAAAGAGUUAAUCAUAGAUACACCGAACGUGACAGAAAAGUGGCUUGAUGAACAUCUUUCUGGACUUCCACUCCUCGAGAAUUUACGGCUAAGAGUUUGCUCUGGGUUGGAAAGAAUAAAGCUUUCAAGUCGUCAUCAUCUUAAAUCAUUGGAAUUGUGGUUAUGCAAGAAUCUGGUUGAAGUCAUGAUUGAUACGCCUAAACUAUGUAGACUCUUAUAUUUCGGUGAAACUGCAAUAUCUUUUUCGUUGAAUGCUUUGGGUUUGUUGAAAGCGGAGCCUUAUGGUACUUGGGAUGCUAAGAAGAUUGAAUUCCUUUCAAAGAUGAGAAAUUCAAAAGUUUUCAAAUUGAAUAUUAUUGAUUUUAAGGAUGUGAUUAUUCCAAAAGAAUUGAGAGAAACCCUACCAUCACCAUUAUAUAAUGUCAAGCAUCUAAAGUUAUCAUAUGAGAAGCCUAUUUAUAAAGGGGAGAAUCCAAGUUGUUGCAAAUUUCUACCAUUUCCAUGUUGGCGGCAUUGCUUGAAGACUGUUAAGAUUGAUAGCCUUAAAGGAUACACAGAUGAAGAGCUUCUAUACAAGUAUUUUUCUGAAAAUGCAAAAACCUUGGAGGACUUCCAGUUCCAUGUUGGUGGCAUUGCUUGAAGAUUGUCCAAAUACAAGGAUCUUAGAGAGGUAUCUUUCAGAGAAUGCAGAAAUCUUUAAAGGUCUCAUAAUUCAUAAAUGUAACUCUUAAAUUGUAGAAUCUUUCAGUUAAUGAAUUCUGCAGAAAUGAAUGUUUUGUAAGAUUACUUUGAGCAUUUACCAACCAGCAAUAUUUUGUAGUUUUUUUUUUUCU